AAUACCCAGGCAAUGCGUUACACGUCACUCGAGCUUGCUGUGCCAAUAUAAGCAAGCUUGUAAACCUUAUAAAAUAUUUACGGUAAACUUUGAACUCGGAAUAAGCUUUAUAUAGUGCUUGUCAUCAAAAUUCUCUGUUAUUUCCAACCUUCAAACCAUGGCCGAUAUUGUUCAGUUGGAAAGUCCCGAUGGAGAUUCUGCAACCGUCCACCUUCAUGGAGCCACAGUGACAUCAUGGAUAUGCAAAGGUCAGGAAAUGCUGUUUGUAAGUGAAAAGGCGGUUUUUGAUGGAAAGAAAGCAAUCAGAGGAGGAAUUCCUGUAGUAUUCCCAAACUUUGGACCAUGGAGUCUUGGACCUCAGCAUGGCUUUGCAAGGACAAGUCAGUGGACAGUCUGUCAACAACCAAUGGAAGAGAAUGGUCAAACUAGUGCUGUGUUUGUUCUGGAGGACAGUGAAAGUACAAGACAGAUGUGGGAUUAUAAGUUUAAGGUGAUGUAUGAAGUGACUGUAGGAAAACAUCAUCUGAAAACAACCAUCACGGUUGAAAACAAAGAUGAAAAGUCCUUUGAGUUCACCACCCUUUUUCACACAUACUUCAGAGUUCCUGAUGUCACAAAAACAACAGUUUCUGGACUAAAGGGUUUAACUUAUGUUGACAAGGUUCUUGGUGGGAACAUAUUCACUGAAAGCAAUGACCCAGUAAAGAUAAAUGGCUAUACAGAUAGGGUUUAUCAUAAUUCUCCAAGUGAGCAUAAAAUAACAAAUGUUGGCUCUGCAAACAGUGAUAUUACUCUCUGGAAAGAAAACUUUCCAGAUACAGUGGUGUGGAAUCCUUGGGCUCAGAAGGCCAUCGCAAUGUCAGAUUUUGGAGAUAAUGAGUACCCCAAUAUGCUCUGUGUUGAAGCAGGAUAUGUCAACAAGCCUUUUGUCCUUGAGCCAGGAAAGAAAUUUGAAGCUCAGCAAACAUUUUCAUGUUCUUGUGUUUAGGAUUUUUUUUGUCUUGCUGGACAAUAAACUUGAUCAUUAGUAUUUAGUUUGAUCAUAUAUGACAACGCAAGUUAGUUUGGGGAUUAUAAAUGCCAAAAUGACAGAUUUAGGAAUCACAGAAACUCAAACAAACUAGAUAAAUAUUGUUGGACUGUUGGUCAUU